CUAGUGAGUCAAGGAGCUGAGACGUGUGAAAUUAAUUAAGUUAACUUCCGACAGAGCACCAGGCAGGAAGACAUGGCGGCGAAAUACGAAAAGUCCAUCGCGCUAACUCUCUUAGCUGGGCUUGCGGUUCUCGGGCUGCUAGCCCAAUCCUCUGAAGCAGCUGCCAUACAAGGACGCAUCAUAUCGGGCACCAGGGCAAAGCUUGGUCAGUUUCCCUGGCAGGUGAUUCUGAAGCGGGACGAAUGGGACGACCUGCUCUGCGGAGGAUCCAUCAUUUCCGCCACCUGUGUGCUGACCGCGGCACACUGCACGGUUGGCCAGGCUUCUGUCUUUCUGAUGUUUGGCAGCGUGGAGCUGAACAAUGAGAACGCCCAGAGCAUGACGUCCACGAACAUUAUUGUGCAUCCGAACUACAAUGAGAACUUGAACAACGAUGUCUCGUUGAUAAAACUCCCGGAGGCACUGACAUUCUCAACCAACAUUCAGCCCAUUCAGUUGGUCACGGAGUCCCAGAGGUCGGAGAACUUCGUGGGCACUACGGCGGUAAUAGCAGGAUUUGGUCUCAUGGACGACGAGUAUCUGGACUACUCGCAGGCUCUGCUGUACGCCCAAGUGGAGAUCAUCGAUAACCAGGGAUGCGUGCCCAUCUUUGGGUCGAACGUGGUGCUGGACUCGACCAUGUGUGCCAUUGGCUUGGGCGGCAGCAACAUGUCCAUCUGCAGCGGCGACUCCGGCGGCCCUCUGAUCAUAUACAACGACACCACCGGAGUGUGGCAACAGAUCGGCAUUAAUUCGUUCGUCGCUGAGGAUCAGUGCACCGCCAGCUAUCCCUCUGGCUAUGUGCGUCUCACCUCCUUCCUGAGCUUCAUUGCCCAGAACACAGAGGGUGUGGUAUAAAGUCUGAACUGAGUUUAAUAAAAAGUAAUAUGGCACAUAAA